AUGAUUUCGAAAACCGAGAAUAAGUCAGACGAGCAUUAUAGACUAGGUGGUCGGCCACCAUUAACUACAAUACUUGUUUUGGCGUUUGGUGCAAUUAUGUCACAAGUUUCGAGUGCACUUUUCGGAAUUGUUGAUUCUAUGUGGGUAUCCAAAGCUCUUGGAACUAAAGCUCUUGCUGCUGUGAGUACAUACAGUCCAUUUGACUACAUUGGAAGAGCAUUCGCUUUCUUCCUCACAGUUUCCGGUGCAUCCAAGAUUUCCGCUUUAUUAGGCGAAGGAAAAGGCGAAGAAACAUCACAAGUGAUAUGCGAUAUACUCAGAGUAGAGCUUAUUCUCGCAGUUUUCAUCCCAUGCUCAAUGCUUCCAUGGGUCAAAAAAGCGGCAGCAUGGUUUGGAGCGUCCAAAGAUGUUGUUGACUUGGAAUUCCACUUCAUAUCAGUCACUUUAGGUUUCCAAAUAACAACUGGAACAUUUUACGCAAUUGGAGGCUUUCUCCAGGGAGAAGGAAGAUCAAUUGCUUUUGGAAUAGCAAAUGUCAUAUCAUGCUUGCUCAAUAUGUUGCUGUUAAAUCCACUUUUACUUUACUACACCAAUUUGUCGGUUGCUGGAUCUGCAAUUGCGACAAUCAUGGCGGAUGGACUUCCAGCGAUUGUUUUGUUCAUUAUGUACUUUACAGGAAGGUUCUCAGUCAAACCAAAAUUCAGCCAGUUCUUCAAAAAGUUCUCGCCACAUACUUUUCCAGCUUUGAGAGUCGGAUUAUCCGCUUUGAUCGCGUAUUUGUCGAUGUCCAUUCCAGGUAUCAUGAUACAGAGGUUCAUAGGAAGCUCUGCACAAAGCGUGUUCGAGUACAACUGCGUCAUCAGCGGAAAUACUGUUUCGUACCGAGUCGCCCUAAUAAUUGUAGCUGUAACAAUAGCACUAAACGCUGGAUACCUGCCAUGCGCGUCAUACGCAUACGCAUCUAAGAACUACAAGAGAUGGCUUCGCCUGACAAUUCACCAAUGUUGGCUUAACUUUGCCUGGGGAUCAUUAUGUGCAACAAUAAUCGUAACAAUCCCUGUACAUAUAAGUAUGAUGUUCGUUAAGGACAAAACAGAGCUUUAUUACGCUUCAACAAUGUUGUUUAACGGUUGCUGCGGAUUUUUUAUUGGAUGGCUCCGAAAUAACUCCCAAUCUAUACUGCAAUCAAUGCAGAAAGGUCCAUUUGCAUCAAUUCUGUCGUUGUUCACUCAAAUGAUUUCAUUAGUUGCUUGUUCUGUUGGCUUGUCCUUAACUAACAAGCAUAAUGCGCCGAGAAUAGAAUUCGCAUAUCCUUUGUCAUUUUUAAUUGGAGGAGUAAUUUGUAUUGUAGCUUUGAUUUUCCCGAUUGGAAAACUAUAUAAGGAAGUAAAUGGAAAGGGCAGCCAAAGGUACACAGCUAUCAGAACACCUUUGGAAAUGAGUUUGGAUACUGACGCUGCUACAUAA